GAGAUAACUCGUCCGCAAAUAAACCAUUUAAACACAACUGUCAAGCGGUAUUUUUCACUCGGUAAAAAUUGGUCAAGAGAUCGACGUCACGCUCGGGUGGGAAUUCCUCAAGCAGAACUAAGAUUCUUGAUGAUGCAGAUUAAUGCAGCAGCACACACGUGUAGGAGGAAGACGUGACAUAACGAAACACGAGACUGAUUGAAUCAUUCGAAUCAAGGAAAUGUAGACCUAAUGCAGUAAUGUGCUUCACCCAGAUAUGUCUCACACACUUGUUGUAGUAAUUAAAGAGUUGUAACCAGUAAAGUAAAUCUUCUGUAAAACAUGGCUGACAAGAUAGUAUGUGAUGUUUGUAAGAAGGAAUUCAGUGGGGAAAUUCCAGCACAGCAACACUUUGAAAGCAAAGCCCACCAGAAAGCCAUGCGAAAUAAAGAAAUGAUUGACAGAUAUGACUUAAGAUUUACUCCUGCUCAAUUCAAAUGUGACAUUUGUAAUGUAAAUAUGAACUCUGAUGAAGUAAAACAGAGACAUAUGUGUAGCCCAAAGCAUUUAGAAAUGGAGCGAAGGGCAAAGACCAUAGCAAGCAGAGAUACUUCCAUAGUCAAUGGUAUAUCACCUGAGCAGGGGCACGUAUCCAGCCAUGGAGGCAAGGGGUACGAUUUCAAUGGAGUAAGGGGAUAUUGUUACAUUUGCAAGAUAGAACUUACUUCCAAAGCGGUGGCUGAUCAGCACAUUAAUGGCGAAAAACAUUUGAAGAAAAAAACAUCGCAGCAGAGAACGAUAUUGCAGCAGCCCCCUGUAUCAAGAUGUGCUGUAAUUAGUACAUGUAAUGCAUGUGGAGAGGGGUUUUCCAAUCAACAUGAUGUAGAGGUACAUUUUUCAAGCCAAAAACAUAAGGAAAAACUGGCUUCAUUGGACAUCGUUUCUUUGAACACAGAAAGACACCCAACUUUAAGCACGGUCUCGGAGACCUCGUACUACCCAACAGAGAAUCUUGCUCAUAUAGCAUCAGGCUCAUCCUCUGGAGCAGUUGUCAGAAGGGUAGGAUACGGGUCUACCAGUUCUACAGCUGUCAAUGGAGUGUACGAGUUCAAUGGAAGCAGUGGUCAUUGCCAUAUAUGCAAUGUAGCAUUGACAUCAGAAGAGAAUGCUAAAGCCCAUUUGCUGGGAACUCGUCACAGAAAAGCACUGGUUAAGAGUGGAGGAGAAACCAGGAAAGAUCCACAAGCUGCAAAUUCUUCUGAGUACUACUUCAAUGGAGACCGUGGCAAGUGUUUGGUGUGUGACAUUGAUCUCACAUCAGAACGCCACGCUCAGGAUCAUCUGUCUGGAGCAAAGCAUACUAAAGCUGUUCAGAGACAAGCAGAGGCCAAGACAAAGGACCAUCACGCUAGUGAUGCAGAGGAAUAUGAAAUGAAUGGCAACAGAGGAUUCUGUCAUGUAUGUCAGCUGGAAUUAACAUCAGUAGAACAUGCUACUCAACAUAUUGAUGGAAGGCCUCAUGCAAAGGCAAAACUUGUGUGGGAAAAAAGAAGGCUAACAGGAAAUAGAGCUCAAGGAAUUCUGUCACCAUCUUCAGUCGCAGGGGAAAGGUCAUUGGACAUGGAGCCAACAUCUCCAGGACUUGGUGUUGUAGGUCAUUGGCCUAGUCAAGGUCAAAGGUCUGACCUUUCAGGAAGCUCAGAUUCAUCAACAUUUCUUAGCAAUGAGGAUGUAACUAAAAGAAUACCAAGUGGAAAUAUAAAUCAGAAUCAGACAAAUCAGGUGCCAAAGUCACCUGGCAGUAACCAAAACACAUCUGAUGGUUUUAGAGGUAGCAUACCUAUAUCUGAAGAUGGUACCCAAGAGUAUUGGUUCACCGGGCUUACAGGAUACUGUAAUCUCUGUUCGAUUGAGCUAACAUCUCAAGCACAUGCCAUGCAGCACAUCAAUGGUAAAAACCAUGCCAAGGCUAGACAGAGGAGCCAAACCAAGCCCAUCGGCUCUUCGAAUGUAAACCUGUAUUGUAAAAUCUGUAAUGUACCAUUCUCUGGCCAGGAAAGUGCCCAGCAACAUUACAGAAGUGACAAACAUAGAAAACGAGAGCAGAUGAAGAUGUGCCCUUCGGGUGAACCUCCUGCUCCUGAUCAGAAAGUAUUGGACAAUACAAAUUGGUACCCUUGCAUCGUUUGUGGCUGUUAUCUUAACUCCAAGGAGCAGUUGGAGAGUCAUGAACAGAGCGUGAGUCACAAAGUCGCUACAGAGGGAUUAAACUCUCUCGGAUUUCAGGAGACUUUAGUCAUGACCACUGGUGGAAGUAGUGUGGAAAGGAUUGUCAGGGUCAACAAAGGAGGUUUUGAUUCUGGUAAUCAGCAGACUGUUGAUAGUUCAAAGUCAUCUUCAAGGCAAGAGUUCAAUCCUGAAAGUGGAACUCCAUCAAAAGAUAGUGUAAAAUUUGAACCCAUAUCCUUGGACCAGCAUGGAAGUUUAGACCCUGCAUCUCUGCGUCAGUCAUAUGCUACUAGUGGUGGUACUGGGCCUGAGGAAACGCUACUUAAGUCUGUUUAUCACUUUCAACAUUCAGAUGAAUUCAACACUCUUCCUUCAAAUCUGAAUGCAAAUAAUUACAAUUCAGGAAGUCUUAAGGAAAAAGAAGUUAAUAAACAAAGUUUUUUAUCUCAAAUAAGUAUGAGUGGUAAUAGUAGUUCUGCAGGGUCAUUCAGGUCAUCUCGGUCAAGGUCACCAAGUGUUGGUAUCGAUUCACAUGCCGGAUUUGAUAAAAAUAGUAGCUUGAAGUCACAUGGCAAGCUCUCAUCCAAUCAUAGUGGCCACUCGUCCAAUCAGUCUUCUCUGGAAAGUGGUCCUCAGUCCAGUGGCAGUGAGAACAGGAUGCCAUCCUUGGAACCAAUAGAUAUGAAUGAUGACAUACCAGACCUUGUGUCCAUUUGUACUAGCAUGUCAGAACUGAAGAUUAAAAAGGAUAGAAACAACGCUGAGAAAAAAGAAGUCAAAGUGAAGGACUUCACUAGGAAGAAAGAACGCAAGGAAAGGCAAACGGUCGAGGUCACAACUUUAGAUCACAUACCUGUACCAUGUAAUGUCGUUGAUGUGUCAGACAUAGGGGCGCUUGGCUCAGCAGAAAGUACACCAGGACACCGAACCCGCAGAGGUGAGGGAACAGACACGGCCAGGGCUUUGAGAAACAGAACUUCUCGUCGAAAAACCAGUGAGGAACUGGACAGAAGUGUCUCUCAAGAAUCUGAAUCAAAUGAUGACCCAGAUAAAGAUACUGACAGCAGCAUGGCACGACAGUCAGUUGGACAUGAAAGGAGUCAUACCCAGUUAAUGUCCCUCAUCAGCCAGAAACUAAAAGAUAUUCCUCAGAAACCAGCAAUAGGUACUCUUGCUGAAACAGAAAACUCAGUUCGCAAAAACUACAAACAUUAUUGCCCUACCUGUAAGGUCCCUAUGGAUACUGAGAAAGCCCUGCAAGACCACUUGAAGGGCAAGCUUCACCGAAUGAAAUCAGCCAAGGAACCAGCCUGUUCUCGCCAACUACCACCUCUGACUAAAACAAUAAGCGCACCUUUUCCGCAGGAACAAAAUAAUUUCACAGAGACAAUUCCAAGAAAUUACCAAUGGGAACUGUUCCACAAAGUCAUGACUGGGGACAGGAUCUGCUUCCUCCCAACAGGGACGGGAAAGACCCUGAUUGGUUGCAUGGCUAUAGGUGCCAUGUUGGACCUGAACCCGAGCCACCAGGUCCUGUUUCUAGUCACCAAAGUCCUACUUGUCCUUCAGCAGGGCAAGUACAUCAGGAACCAGCUGGCAAACCGUAAAUACAGAAGGUUUGACCCCAAUGACCCUUCAAAGACGGUAGAAAGGGAACUGAAGAUUGCAGAGCUGUGUGGGGGGCAGCAGUCAACGGGAGGGGUUCCCCUGUGGCAACAUGACAUCAUUGUGGCUACUGCAGCGUAUUGUGAGAACAUGCUGACAAAUAAGGUGCUGCGCUGGCAGGACCAGUGCCUUGUUAUCUUUGACGAGGCCCAUCACUGCAGCAAGAAUCACUCCUACAACAACUUAAUGGCCACACAUCACUACAAGAUAAAUGAAUCGUUCCGCUGUAAAAUACUUGGCCUCACAGCCUCACCAGCUGGGAAAAACAACUACUCCAUGACAGUUGACAUGCUCCGACAGCUCCAGAUUAAUAUGGGUGAUUCACUGAUCGCUAUUGUGGAGUACGAGAAGGAGAAACUGAAGGCAUACAUGUCAAAUGCUAAAAUUCACAUUGCAGUCAUGGAAACAACUCCCGCUGAGGAACAAUUUCAGCGGGAUCUCCGAGUCUACCUGUUACAGUGCUACAUGAGGCUUGCGGCAGAAACCAAUAUCUUCGAACACAGCAACCUUGGAUUGACUGGGACAAGUAAGUCUGUAAGUGUACAAGAUCUUCAGAGACACGCACAAGAUAUCACCGGAGAUGUUCUGGAUGAGCUACAGGCAUUGAUAGCCAUGGCAAAACCAAAUACAUCAAGCGUCGAUAAGAGAAUUGAAGUUCAGAACUUGAUAGGACACAUUAAAUGUAUCUGUAUGACUAUAAGUGUCGCCAUGGAGAUGGGAAUCCCACAGGCUUUGGAAGAGAUGCAGGAACUCAUGGCUACCAAUCUUAACCAAGACUUUGAUUUUGCCAGACAAAUUGGUCUGCCAUGUCAGGACAUUCUUCAUUCAAUUGAGGCCCAGCAACUAUUUCAAAAGUCUAACUUGAAGGUGUUGGAUGAAUCAAUAAGCCAGGAAAUGUCCUCAAAUGUCAAAUGUCUGAUAAAGCAACUGAUCUAUGAGAACUACAUCCAGUGGAAUGGUGGUCAAGGACAGAGUCAACAAUUAGCCCUCGUCCUAGUCAAGCGGAGGGCUACAGCCACUGCUUUGCAUGAAACUUUAAUGAAUCAUCCUGAAAUAGUGAAGAGAAAAUUGUCGGUGGAGAAAAUGGUUGGGCAUGGCGCUGCUGCAGCUGAAAAGGGAAUGUCUGUUGCCCAACAACGAAAGACACUAGAGGAGAUUAAAGACCACAAGUACCAAGUCGUCAUAGCAACAGCUGUUGCUGAGGAAGGGAUCGAUCUACCAGAAUGUGAGCUUGUGGUCUCCAUGAACCCACCGUCCACCAUGACUGCACUGGUGCAGAUGCGUGGGCGUGCCCGAAAACUGAACAGUCAUUUUGUCAUCGUGUGCAAUGAUAGUAAGGAGGAAGCCAAGCUUAGCGAUUUACUAGCAAGGGAAGAAAACAUGAUAAAAGCUGCCAAUUUCUUGGUACAGAAUCAAAAUAGGCAAGGAGCUAUGUAAGUGGGGAAUUUGAAACUCUUCAUGUCUGAAAUUCAUUAAUAGCCUGAUGAAUAGGAAUAGAUGUGUUGCCAGGUUAAUUUAAUACAAGAAAAGACAAAAACUUACAAGGUACAGUGUAUUAAAUGAUAUAUCGGAUUUAAUUUUAUUUCUUUAAAGUAUUUAUACCUCUUAAAGAGUUGAGACGAAUGAUCUUUUCAGGAAAUAGUGACAAAACUAGAAUAUUGAUGGAUUUGGCACUGGAAGAGGUUUCAAAGUCUAACACUUGAGUUGAAAAGCUUGCCUAAAUUGAUUACCAAGGGUUGUAGACUUAUAUCAUGUCGUUACAAACAAAGUCCAUCAUUCACAACCUUCUGUACUGAUAACAUUGUAGGUUAUUCUGUCAGAAAGGUGAACUUUUCAAAUGAUGAAUAAUCAUAUUGAUGGGUCUGUUUGUGCCAUGAAAUGCAGUUUCAAUGAUUGAAAGUACAUUUGGUAUCGAAUACCAUUAGAAGAGGCAUUAGCAGUAGUGCAAUUGUGCUUUUGAUACUGUUUAUUAGGAAAAUAGAAAGUUUGAGCCAUUUCUUUCUUUCUUAUUUAUUUUUAAAAAAAAACAUUAUCGUCUUUAAUUCAGAAAUAAGAUUGUUAACCAAAGAAUAUUUUUGGCUUAAUUUCAACAUAAGAUUGAAGACAAUUCUUUUUGUUAUUUAUACAAAAAUGAAAAUCAAGUUUUUUAAGAAACUGAUUUGGUUUGUUUUUUGUUAUGAAUGAAAUUUCGUGGACAAUUCCUUUUUUAAGGGAUUUUGAAACAUUUGUUUCAAUCAGUAUUCUUUGUGUUUUGUCAGUUUUUAAAAAAAGUUAAGAGGCAAAAAAAGUUUGUUGUUGUGUAAUUAUAUAAAUUCAAUCAUGAUUACAAUAUGUUUAACCAUAUAUUUUUGGUUCCCUAUGGGGAAAUCUGUCUUAUCUGACUCUUUAAGUAUUCAAACAUCCUGUCUAACUCAACACAAUGCUUUAAUUCCCUUAUGACAUCUACCAAAUAAUAUGUGUACAUUCUGACAUCCAAUCUGGUGCAACAAAAUAAUGUAAUCCCAGCUCUAAUGAAAACUUACAACAUACUUGUUCAUUCAGACAUCCUAUCUUGUCAAACGAACAAUAAGGUAGUUGGAGCUCUAUUGAAAACUUCUAAAUAUUCUCGUUCAUUCAGACAUCCUAUCUUGUCAAACUAAAUAAGGUAAUUGGAGCUCUAUUGAAAACUUCUAAAUAUUCUCGUACAUUCAGACAUUCUGGUCAGUACUCAUUAAACCAUUCCAUGCUCAAACAUGGAUUCUUUGCUCAAACCAACUUUAUUGUAUCUUGCUAAAAUCAUGUCAAAUGAACAAAAAGUCAAAUGUAAAUAUUGAAAACAGUAUUCCGCUUUAAGUCUCUUCAAAACUGAGACAAGUCAUUGACAAAAUCUUUUGUUUUAUUAAUAACCAGAACAAGAAAUUAGGCUUGAACACAAAAUCCAAGUUUGAGCAGGAGAACUCCAAGUUUGAGCAUGAGAACGGUUUCAUGAAUACGGGCCCCUAUCUUGUCUAACAAACUAAUGUCAUUCCAGCUAUGAUGGAAACUUCUUAUUAGCCUCAUACAUUCAGACGUCACAUCUUGUCAAGCAAAACCAUUUAAUCACAGUUCAUAUGAAAAAUUCUAGAAAAUAUCUGUAUUCUGACAUUCAGUCUUAUCUGGCCAACAUGGCAUCAGAUUCGUGUCCAACAUAAUGUCAGAUAUUAGUCAGCUUUCCCUAUAGUUUAAUGAUCCAUGUAAGAUAUACAGGAUCUCAUUUUGACAUUAUUUUUUCAGAAAUGAUUAUGCUUGUAUUUGACAGCACUUGUUCUUGAUGUCUAAAUCAUGGUUUCAAUUUCUAAUUUGUUCUUUAUUAAACUGCCAUUCUGCAAUCAGUUUUUGAAAGUGGACAAAAAAUAUGUAACCAAAUUACUAAAUCACAUUUUACUUGACUUGCCAUGCCAUUUCAUGAAAGCCAAGGGAACUUUUACUUAGAUUAAAUGUAAAACUAUGUAUAUACUUAUCUUUGUAAAAUUGUUUUCCCUGGUUUCAGUUUCACAAACAUUACUUAUUCCAAAGAUAUUCAAGGAGAUUUUUUCCAUCUGAACGUGUUUCUGGAGCCAAAGUAAAUGGAAAAUUAAGGAGCGUUUUGUACAUAACUCCAGUUUUGCUUUCAAAUGGAAUAACUUAAGUUUAAAAUUAAUAAGUUUCUUAAGAAAUGUUUAUGAAACUUCUGGGAUUUUUGUAAAUGCUUCUUACAUAAGGAACUUUCUUGUUGAAUUUGGUUGAAAUCCUCUCUGGUGUAUAAGGAGAAGAUGCGUUUUAAAGCAAAUUUAGCUAAU